GCCUGUUGAAUCCACCCAUCCGAACCUCCCUGGGCUCGGAAAUGAAGAGAUAGCAUUGGGAGAUAAUAUGGCGCUCAGAUAUGUUCGCCAGCUGUACUCGCUCGACACCCUCGACACUCGCUUCGUCGUACCGGCCACGGCGCCCCCCAAAGAAGCCCUCGAGGAAGCAAAACUUGACCCAGCAGGCCCCCUACCAGUUUCGAACGGGAAGGGAAAGAGUAGGGAUCCAAACGACAAUGUCCAGCCCUCACGAUGGAACACGCCCGAGUUCUACUUUUACUUCGUUGUCGUCGUCGUAUGUCUGUUCUUCAUGAUGAAGUCCGUGGUUGAUGUAUCGAGUGCAUCACAUCCAAACUACUCCAAAUUCUCCCAUCUCCUGUCUGAUGGCUGGAUACCGGGCCGCAAAGUUGACAAUGCCGAUGCUCAGUACUCUGGAUUCCGCGAAAACAUUCCGUACCUCUUCGUUGUUGUGCUGCUUCACCCUCUCCUGCGCAGAGCAUACGAUGUCUUUUGGAGAGCAGACACGUACACUCAAGUUCGGCCAUCAUUCGGGAACGGAGGCCUCACCAUGGGCUUGACUCCUUCGGCUGCUGCGGAUGCUCGUCUCAACCAGCGCGUAUCUUUUGACGUGAUCUUUGCUCUUGUGCUUCUUGCGGCGUUGCAUGGCUUGUCCAUCUUCAAGAUCUUGAUCAUCUUGUAUCUAAACUACAAUAUUGCGAUGAAGGUGCCAAGGUCGUAUGUACCAGGUGCGACGUGGGUGUUUAAUGUCGGGGUUUUGUUCGCCAAUGAGUUUUCGGACGGAUACUCAUACGAGUCCAUCGUCGGUACAUUUCUCCCCACGCCAGUCUCGGAGAAACAGCAGUUGCCCCCCAACUUCGGCCAUACACUCGACAGCUACGGCGGCCUCAUCCCACGCUGGGACGUCCUCUUCAACUUCACCGUCCUGCGUCUCAUCAGCUUCAACCUCGACUACUACUGGAGCUUCAACACACGAGCCAGCAGUUCCAUCGAAAAGAAGCAGCUCGACCCCUCCAACCUCUCCGAGCGCGACCGCGUCACCAUCCCCGCAAAGCCCACAGACUUCUCCUUCCGCAACUACUUCGCCUACACAAUGUACUCGCCGCUCUACCUCGCCGGCCCAAUCAUAACCUUCAACGACUACAUCGCGCAGUCGCGCCACCGGCCCCACAGCAUCACACGAAAGCGCACAACCCUCUACGCCAUCCGCUUCGCCAUCGUCAUCCUAACCAUGGAAAUCAUGAUCCACUACAUGUACAUGGUCGCCAUCUUCCACGCCAAACCCGAUUGGUCGCGCUACACGCCCGCCCAGCUCAGCAUGCUAGGCUUCUUCAACCUAAAGCACAUCUGGCUCAAGCUGCUGAUCCCAUGGCGCUUCUUCCGCCUAUGGUCGCUUCUCGACGGCGUCGACCCCCCCGAGAACAUGGUCCGCUGCAUGAGCGACAACUACUCCGUCAUGCACUUCUGGCGCGGCUGGCACCGCAGCUUCAACAAAUGGAGCCUGCGCUACCUGUACAUCCCCCUCGGCGGCAGCGCCAUCCCCGGCCCCUGGGGCAAGGCCCGCUCCGUCUUCAACUACCUCGCCGUCUUCACUUUCAUCGCUAUCUGGCACGACAUCCAGCUUCGUCUGCUCAUGUGGGGCUGGCUCGUCACGCUGUUCGUGCUGCCCGAGAUCAUCGCCGCUUACGUGUUUCCCGCGCGCAGGUGGAAGGAUAGCCCCGAUGCGUAUCGCUGGCUCUGCGGCGUUGGUGCCGUUGGAGAGAUCCUUCUCCUCAUGGUUGCGAAUCUUGUGGGGUUUGCGCUGGGGUUGGAUGGGUUGGGCGAGCUGGUUAGGGGUAUUGUGGGGAGUUGGGCUGGUUGGACGUUCUUGGGCGGCGCGUGUGCGGCGCUGUUUACGGGUGUGCAGAUUAUGUUCGAGUGGAGGGAGAGCGAGAAGAGGAGGGGUAUUCGUAUGAAGUGUUAGGUUGGGCGCGUGGGUGUGGGUGUUUCUCGUUUAUGGCAAGACUGCUGGGUUAUUGGGUCAAUGCUGUUUAUGUAAGACGGGCUUGCUGAUGGGUGGGACUUGGGUUGUAUGUACUUCCUAGAUGGCGGUAACAAGACGUAACAAGCCAUAACAUAACAU